ACCCGACCUCACCGACUGCCGAGGUCACGGAUGCAACAACCGUGGAUUCUGCCGACAGACCAGAGAAGGCGACCCCUUCACUUGCAUGUGCCCUCGGGGUUACCUGGGAGCCAUGUGUGAAAUAGAAGUGUGUAGUUCGGACAAGUGUCGCAACGGAGGCACGUGCAGACUGACUACUAAGACGUCAUACGCCUGUGACUGUCCCACGGGGUUCAGUGGUCAAGACUGUGAGGUCAAAGUUCCAUGCGCUUCCAACCCAUGUAGGAAUGACGGGAAAUGUUUUCAGGAUGUCCAGGGAAACUACUUCUGCCAGUGUCCAGUGACCUUCACAGGUCAGAACUGUGACGUCUCUGAUCCCUGUUCGUCUGCGCCCUGCCAGCACGGGGGGAGGUGUGAGGUUGGGGGCUCACUGUCGGCAACGAAUGGCCGGGGGUUCGAGUGCCAUUGUGACCCACAUUUCACCGGAGAUUUCUGUGAGAUUGAGAAUGUCUGCAAACCUAGCCCCUGUCUCAACUCGGGCGUCUGUCGUCUGCUGGUGUCAUCAUCCUCCCAGCUGCCUCUUGGAGGAGGACGAGGAGGGAAAGAUGGAGGGGAAAGAGGAAGAGGAGGAGGAGAAAGACCACGUUAUGAGUGCACAUGCCCACAAGGAACUUUUGGCCCUCGAUGUCAGUUCCUGGACCCGUGUACGUCCGCUCCGUGUCAAAACGGGGCCACGUGUCAGAGAUCCAACACACAGUUCUCCGUCUACUACACGUGUAGCUGUCCACAGGGCUUCAGGGGUCAAAACUGCCACAUUCCUCAAACCUGUGAUAGUCGCCCUUGCCAGAAUGGUGGAACUUGUUAUCCUUUCGGCUCUUCCUCCUCCUCCACCUCUUUCUUCCCAUCUUCUUCCUCCUACUCCUCUGUACUCUCUGCCUCCCUCUCCUCCUCCGCUUCCUCAACCUUUUCCCCUUCUUCCUCCUCCCCCAGCAUCUCUUCCUCUCCAUCUUCCUCCGCUUCCUCCUCCUUCUCUCCCUCGUCCUCCUCCUCCUCCUCCUCCAACAUCUCUUUUUCUCCUUCUUCCUUUUCCUCCUCUUCCUUCUCCUCCAUUAUCUCCCUUUCCUCCCCUGCCGCCUCCUCCUCCUCCUCUCACGGCUAUUUUUGUCGCUGCGCGCCUGGUUUCUCCGGCACCAACUGCCAGACGCCAGUAGCCUGCGCCAACAACCCGUGCAGAAAUGGCGGCAAAUGCUACUCGUCUGGCACCAUGUACGUGUGUGUGUGUCCUGCCAGCUACACAGGCCAGCUCUGUGAGACAAAGUCCCCACAAGGCCCCUGCAGAAACAGGCCAUGCGCCAACUCGGGCUCCUGCUUCGAGUCAGGGACUACUUUUGUGUGCGUCUGCCCACCAGGGUUCACGGGGUCAGUUUGCAACCGACCUAUCAGCGACGCCUGCUCCUUACGCCCGUGCCAAAAUGGAGGUUCUUGCUACUCUUCCAGAAAUUCUUCAGUCUGCGUCUGUCUUCCCGGGUACCGCGGAAAUUCUUGCGAAAUGACCGAUCCGUGUAGAUCAUCAUCAUCAUCAUCAUCAUCAUCAUCAUCAUCAUCAUCAUCAUCAUGUCAGUGCCCGCCUGGUAUCACCACACAGGACUGCAGUGCCGGCGACCCAUGCACCCCCAACCCCUGCCACAAUAAGGGCGUGUGUCUCCCCGUACCCUCGCUCGGACCACCCCUUCUGCCCCCGCCCUCUCAAGCAUUCAGUCCUUUCUUUCCUUCUCCUUUCGGAACCUCUCAAAAAGACGGAAAUUCUGUCCCUUCACUUGGAACCACUCCUCGACAAAAUUCUCAACAACAGAGAAGAUAUUCUUGUCGAUGCCAGCCAGGAUUCACGGGCCCAAAUUGUGAUGACGUAGAACGUAAUAACUGUGUCCGCACUCCGUGUCUCAAUAACGGGGUGUGCGCAACUCAAACCACGGGGUCCGCCGUGCCGCCGGUAAUGAUAUGCAGAUGUCCUUUAGGAUUCUCCGGCCCACGCUGCGAGAUAGCGGAAUCCUGCAAAAGUCGGCCAUGUUUGAAUAACGGGCGAUGUACCAGAAGUAAAGAUGGCGACCGCCGUUCUGCAUCUUCUCUGUCCAGGAAAUCACGUGCUGUGAUGGUGUGCUCAUGUCCGGCAGGAUUCACUGGACGUUUCUGCGAGACACAAACUGACCAAUGUGGUUCUCGGACCUGCCUGAACAACGGCCAGUGUCGCAGAGAUUCGAACGGGAGACUGCGCUGCGUCUGCCCACAUGGCGUAAUCGGGACGUUCUGCCAGACUUUGAUUACUUGUGAGUUCGUACCAUGUCUGAACCGAGGCGUGUGUGCCAGGAGACCCCCGCAAAACGCCCGCUCUCCGACCACGCCUGUCUGCGUCUGCGCAAAAGGAUUCACCGGCAUGCGCUGCGAGAAGGAAGUGACUUCGUCACCGUGUGACGUGAUUUCCUGUCAAAAUGGCGGCCGCUGUUCGUUGAGUCGGACUGGCGUGGCGAAAUGUCGCUGUAAGAGAGGGUGGACAGGGCGGAGAUGUGAGGUGCUGAAAGACAGGCAGUUUGGGCGGGAUAAGUGCCAGGGGUACUGUCGGAAUGGCGGAACGUGCUCUUUGUCUACGGG